AUGUCAAAUGCCCCGAUGAAACGCAUCUGUGUGGCCCUACUGACUUUAUCCGUACUCGUCCCGUUGCUCAUCUUCACCGUUGUCGGCAUCCUCGGCGAGGAGAUCAACCACCACCGCUACACGUCUUUUCAUGACUUCCAAUUGGCCGUCGUCUCCAUGGGAAUCUAUGGGGUGAUCACGCGCAAACGAGAAUUCAUCAUCUUCACGCUUCUCUCAUCCCUGAUCGCCGUCGUCGCCACCGUCAAGGGGUUUCUCUACGCGUUCAGCGUGGUCAGUCCCUCCACCUCGCUGUCUUGCGACCGCUCGGAAGCUGCAGAGUCCGAGACGCAAUGCGCCAUCUGGGACGUGUUGCUGCUCGUCUUCCUCGCCGCGUUGAUGGUCUACACGGCAAUGUCAGCACUUGUCGUCGGGCGACGGAUGUACGAAGAUGUGGAUAGUGAGGAGAGAUUCGAUGUGAGCAUGCGGUCAACCUUUCAACUUCUCAAGGGCAACGCCGUCGAGCCGUCCACCUCAUCGGAGAGCGCU